UUUUUUUUCAGAAUUAAGAUGAAUAAUGGGCUCUUGAUAGUGUGGACUCUCUUAGUACACACAGGUUCGUUUGUUAGACGAAGUGCAGAAGAAUGUGCUAAGGCUAAAGAAGAAUAUUAUCUAGAGAAAUAUAUUGAUCUAUUGCUGGGAACCAAUACUGCUACUAAGAAACCUAAACCACUCAGGGGUCGCGCAAGAAAACCAUCUGUCAAGUUUCGCACUAAAGAAAUUAAGAAGAAAUUGUUCAGUGAUUGUCCAUGUGGUCUAGUGCCAGGCGCCAGUACAUCUAAUCGAAUAAUUGGAGGCGAAAUUGCUGAGCCUCACUCAUACCCUUGGCUAGUAAGAAUAUAUGGAGGCUGUCCCGCUCAAUUUUGUACAGGGGCCUUAAUCAGUGAUCGUCAUGUUUUGACUGCAUUUCAUUGCCUAUCUACAUUUGAUACCAAAGAUCCGUGUGAUCAUUCUGAUGGGAAGAGAUUGGCCGCAGUAGGAAUUGACUAUUUUGAGAUGAAACAAAGCUGGAAAAGACUUGGUGGAAUACCACUGAAAAAAUUCUACUACCCCCCUAACCCUGGUCUUGAUAGAGAGGACCCAAAAACGCAUGACUUGGCUAUUUAUGAGCUUGAAACUCCUGUAAAGUUUUCUAAAAACAUUCAGCCCAUCUGUUUACCAAAGAAUGGAUAUAAAAACUAUACUGGACUAUUAGCAGUUACAGCUGGUUGGGGGGAUUUCAGAGCGGGUAGGAAUCCAAAUUCUGAAAUUUUACGUGAAGUUGAAUUAGAGAUUGCUCCACCUAUAGGGUUCCCUUCGCUGUUCAGCACAAUAACAGAGAAGAAUGACUAUGGAGUUUAUAAGGAUCCGUGUUCAGGGGAUAGCGGAGCCCCUCUUAUGCUCAAGAAUGAGAAUAAUCAAUAUAGAAUAAUUGGAACUGUUAACGGAGGUGGAUACCAUUGUGAUGAAAAUACACUUCAGAAAUAUUUUGGAGAUAUGAACCAAAAAUGGAAUAACGUUUCAAUGCAUCUCAAGUGGAUUAAGAAAAUAUUACGAAAAGAUGAAGACACCCUCGUUUGUGGAUGAAAGCAGUAGAAAAAAUAGAAAAGUUUUAUAUGUACAAAUUCAAGUUAAAAAAAUUGUUAAAUCAGAAAAUAAAAUAUAAUUGCAUUCCUCUGUUAGGUUGUUGACAGAUCACAGCAACACACCAGACAAAUUUGAAUAAAAGGCCCGUUGAGAUUCUGGUGGGGGAUAUUUAUUUUCCCCAGACUCUUAUAUCCCAGUCGGCCGUAGCAAUACACACAACAGAAUUGUCCCGUCUCAAGAAAAUCGAUAACAAAAGCUUUAUUUCCUAAAAAAUAACAUAAAUUAUAGAUCAUGGUUACAUGUACAA